AUGUUUAGAUUUGCGAGGACAUUAGCUACACAAUCGUCGGCAAAGCUUCAGGAUGUUGUGAUAGUUGGAGGGGGACCUGCUGGUCUUACGAUACUUGCCGCUUUGAAAACGUCGCCCCAGUUGAAACAUUUGAAAUGUACCCUCAUUGAAGGAUUAUCCUUGCAAAAAGCCAAAGAUUUUGUUGUCAGCCCACCAGAGCAAUACACCAACAGAAUCAUUUCAAUAACGCCAAAGUCAAUUGAGUUUAUGAGAGACAGAGUUGGUAGCUGGCAUUACAUUCAUCAAGAUCGCAUCAAGGACUAUAAUGGGAUUGUAGCGUACGACUCACAAGAUGCAUCUUCACGAAUUGAAUUUGAUAUUACAUCUAUUGGAAAGCACACGUUGGCAACAAUGUGUGAGACUAUCAAUGUGCAAAGCUCCUUGUUGGCUAAAUUACAAGAAUUAAAAGAAAACAGUCCCGAUGGUGUUGCUGGAUUCGAGAUAUUUGACAAUACAAAAGUGACCGAGAUAGUUGACCCACUCGAGUCGGCAAUUGAUUUGGAAAACCAUGAUUUGAAUCAGCCGGCUAUUACGACAGGCAAUUCCAAGUUGGACUGGCCAAUCGUAAAACUCUCGAAUGGUGAAUCGUUUCAAGCCAGAUUAUUGAUUGGAGCUGAUGGGUACAACUCUCCCGUUCGCAAGUUUGCUCAAAUAGAAUCUAGAGGCUGGGCUUAUAACAGGUUUGGUGUUGUUGCUUGUAUAAAGCUCCAGUGCGAAGACUUUAGAUCUGUUGGAUGGCAAAGGUUCUUAACUACCGGUCCGUUGGCUAUUUUGCCAUUGACAGAAAACAAUGCCACUAUCGUCUGGUCUAGCACUCCCGAGCUAAGUGACUUACUCUUGAGGGUGAAUGAAGAGAUUUUCCCACAUUUGGUGAAUGCAGGAAUGGUUCUCGAAGAGACUGAUUUAAAUUAUAUUUACUCUCUUUUAGAAAAGGAUCCAAAUGAUUUUUCGGUCUUGAAAGAGAUUGAGUGGAGAUUGUCUAAAUUUGAACCAACAACCCUUGAAGAAGACUACCCUUUGCCAGUUGUCGAGCUUGUUGCCAACUCAAGAGCCAAGUUUCCCUUGAAGAUGUCGCAUGCUGAUACUUAUAUUGCACCUAGAGUCGCUUUGGUAGGAGAUGCAGCUCAUACCAUACAUCCACUUGCAGGUCAAGGGUUGAAUAUGGGUCAAUCGGAUGUCUCAUUACUCGUACAAGCCUUAGAACGCGGAGUAGAGAGAGGCAUGGAUAUAGGGUCUUCGUUGGUUUUGGAAGAGUAUCUAGCAAAUGCUUGGCCGCUGAACCAUGCGCUAUUGGGUGUAUGCGAUAAGUUGCACAAAGUGUUUUCAACUGAUUUCUAUCCAUUAGUUGUAGCGAGGGGUUUGGGGAUGAAAGGAUUGAAUAUGUUUGAUGAUGUGAAAAAUCUCAUGAUGAAUAUGGUAAGCGGUAGAUAA